CAUCUUAUAAACUCGUGUACGAUCCAGAAUCUUGUGUAUUCCGUGUGUAAUUACAAAUAACUCGUCUGUUCAGAUCAUGUUUAUAAUCCUGAUACACAGUGAGUGUAGAACUACAGGACCGAGGUUCCAUUACAUUACAAUAACACAUGAGAGUGACGCACACAACAAUCAAACCGAAAGUGAAAGCUUUGUUUCUUACUUGAAGCUCGACAGAACAUUUGCUGGUAACUGGAACUGUGAUUGAUCACCUCUGAUUCAGAUUCAGAUGAUUGAAGCAGGUCAACAGCCAAGUAACAUGGAAAAUAAGUCAACUAAGAACCUCAGUGAUUCUGACUGUGACAUAUUUGAUCUAACUGAGGAACCCGAAUCGUUUCCAAAAGUAGAAGCAGGUCAACAGCUAAGUAACAUGGAAAAAAAGGUGACUGAGAACCUCAGUGAUUCUGACAGUGAUCUAGUGGAUCUAUAUUAUGAAGCGGACAUGUUAAAAGAAGGAAUCAAGUGUUUUAUUCUUUUAUCUGGUAAAACACUGAAUGUAGACAGGAACUUCAUAGAUCACCUUCAAAGACAAGUACCACAGCUGAAGAUGGUGGACAAAGUGGAAGAGUGUAAUUUCAUUCUGGUUUUCUGUCCGGUUGUUUCACGAGCUGGAACUGACAUUGAAGCAGCACUGAAAAAGCUUCAGAAUAUUUCAGAAACAAAACCUGCAGUUGUUGUGGUGCUUCAUCACACAUUUGAUCCAGAUUAUGUUGUACCAGACAGCAGCAGAUCUGUACAGAGAGAGGAAACCAUCACAGUCGACUUUCUGUUCCAUGAAGAUCAGGGAUUACUGCAGUGCACCAGGAAUACUGAAUCAUUAGCCACAAUUACAAACCAUUUAAAACAUCAGGUACCAACAACUAGCUUGAAUGUUCCAGUGAGCACAAAUGUACAAUCAUGUGUUUCAUCAUUGAGUAAAAUCCUUCUGGUACCAGCAAUUGGAUGUUUUUCAGGUUUUUCAACAUGCCCAAAUUUCUCAUGGUUUACAUCAAGAAGUUCAGUCUCACCGGAGCCUAUAACAUAUGAAGAAAUAAAGAUUUCAGAGAAGCCAGGAAAAGAAAUCAAAUGUUUUAUUCUUUCAUCUGGUAAAACACUGAACAUUGAUAAGAGCUUAAUAGAUCACCUUAAACAAGUACCACAGCUGAAGAUGGUGGAUAAAGUGGAAGAUUGUGAUUUCAUACUGGUUUUCUGUCUGGUUGUUUCACGAGCUGGAACUGACAUUGAAGCAGCACUGCAAAAGCUUCAGAAUAUUUCAGACACCAAACCUGCAGUUCUUGUGACGCUUCAUCACACAUUUGAUCCAGAUAGUGUUGUACCAGACAGCAGCAGAUCUGUACAGAGAGAUAAAACAAUCACAGCAGACUUUCUGUUCCAUGAAGAUCAGGGAUUACUGCAGUGUACCAAGAAUAAGGAAUCAUUCACCAGAAUUAUAAACCAUUUAUUUCAGGCACAAAACUCUGGCUGGUUUUCCUCAGAAACGGAUCAACACAAAAGUAACAUGGGUAAUGAACCGACUGAGGCGCCCAGUGGACCAGAGGAAGGCAAAAUAAGAUCACAAGAACAUCAAGAAAACAACAAGAGGAAACCGAGUCAUGAUAAAACCACAGAUGAACCAAAUGUUUCUGGUAUGAACUCAAAAAGAAGGGCUCUAUAAUUCACCACACCAACACAUGAAUCAGAUUCCAGUUUCCUUCUCCGAGUCUGUUAUUUCUUUUUGGCUAAUAAAUAUAAAUAUAAGCAAUUAGUAUUAAUAGUUAAGUAGGUUUAUUAAGGUACAGUAAGUCUAAUACAUAAACGUCCUGCAUGUUUGAUUACUGAUUACAAGAUGUGUUUGCUUUGCUUUUGCUUUGGUUUAAUCUGUAUUAUGAUGUUGAUUAUUGUAUAAACAGACGAUGCAUGAUGUAUAAACUCUUAUUAAUUACUGUUGUUGGUUUAGGGGCACUGAAAAGAUCUAAAAACACCAAACCUACAUGUCGCAAAGUCAAAGGUUGUAAACUGUAGUGUUGAAUAGUUGAGUAUUUUCAUUUACUUUAUUAUAAACCAUUAUAUGGAUGUUUAAUAGAAUCAAGAAUGUUCUGAGUAACUGAAUAGUUUAGUAGCAGGACAAACACAGAACCCUGUUAUGGUUAUAUAAAUAACACACUGCUGAAAGACAUAAAUUCUUCUGUAGCUACUCAAUGUACAUGUCAGGAUGGACUGGUUUAGAUUGUUAGGAGGACUGGGUUUGGUCAUGUGAGAUGGAUUAUAAUGCUGUAAUGUGUCAUUAAAAUUAUUAUCAGUGAA